AUGUUUAGAUCCACCGCCUCGCAAUUACUCAGAUCCAGUGUGCCCUCCAGAAUGGUCGGGACUCCAAGAGUGGUGUCCUCGUCGCUACACUCGUCUGCCCUGGCUCAACAGUCGAUCACAGACAAGGUGCGUCACACCCUGGGCGACCUGAACAAGAAGAUCGGCGAAGCAGCUGCGUCGGGCAUCGAUAAAGCACAAGAAGCUACGCAUAAGGUGGAGGAAAAGGGCCACCAGGCCAGUGAAGCUACCAAACACGGUCUUGACGCUCUCAACAAGAAAACAGGCAAGGCUGCUGCUGCUGGUAUCGACAAAGCGCAACAUAUCGGCGAAUCCGUCAGUGACGAGGCCCAGGACUUGAAGCACGACUUGAGAAGCGACCCUAAGGGCAAAGCUCAAGAGCUGAAGAACGAAGCCAAGGACAAAGUACAGAACCUGAAAAACGAGGCCCGUGACAAAGCGCAGGACGUCAAACAGAGCACACGCGAAACUGCCAGCAGCGCCGAGGCCAAGGCCAAGGACGUUGCAGACGACUACAAGCAUUGA